AGGGGCUGUGGAGGUUACUCGCCGGACCGGAGGCGGAGGCCGGGCUCCCACUGGGCUCCAGCGUUCUGCGCCCGCCGCGGCGGUGCCGAGCCCGCUGGCUCCAGAUUGUCCUUUGCGGCGGUGGCGGUCGCUGCCUCCUUACCUCCGGGCCCUGGGCUGCAGGGGCCAGAACGAGUGCGCCUCACGCCCGCGGACCGCGGCUGUCCAGAGCAGAAACGGCUUACAAGAUACACAGAUCUUGGUAGACACUGUGGCUGCAGGCAGUUGAGUUGGAAUUCCCUGUGGCUCUCUGAGGGCAGGGUGUCUGCAGAGUGGUGGGCUGACCUGUUCCUGCACCUUGCAUCAUGCCAGCUUUGUCAACGGGAUCCGGGAGUGACACCGGUCUGUAUGAGCUGUUGGCUGCUCUGCCAGCCCAGCUGCAACCACAUGUGGAUAGCCAGGAAGACCUGACUUUCCUCUGGGAUGUGUUUGGUGAAAAAAGCCUGCAUUCAUUGGUAAAGAUUCAUGAAAAACUACACUAUUAUGAGAAGCAGAGUCCAGUGCCCAUCCUCCAUGGUGCGGCAGCCUUGGCCGAUGACCUGGCCGAAGAGCUUCAGAACAAGCCAUUAAACAGUGAGAUCAGAGAGCUGUUGAAGCUACUGUCAAAACCCAAUGUGAAGGCUUUGCUCUCUGUACAUGAUACUGUGGCUCAGAAGAAUUAUGAUCCUGUGUUGCCUCCUAUGCCUGAAGACAUUGAUGAUGAGGAAGACUCAGUAAAAAUAAUCCGACUGGUCAAAAAUAGAGAACCACUGGGAGCUACAAUUAAGAAGGAUGAGCAGACUGGGGCGAUCAUUGUGGCCAGAAUCAUGAGAGGAGGAGCUGCAGAUAGAAGUGGUCUUAUUCACGUUGGUGAUGAACUUAGGGAAGUGAAUGGGAUACCAGUUAAGGAUAAAAGUCCUGAGGAAAUAAUACAGAUUUUGGCUCAGUCUCAGGGAGCAAUUACGUUUAAGAUUAUACCCGGCAUCAAAGAGGAGACGCCAUCAAAAGAAGGCAAGAUGUUUAUCAAAGCCCUCUUUGACUAUAAUCCUAAUGAGGAUAAGGCAAUUCCAUGUAAGGAAGCUGGGCUUUCUUUCAAAAAGGGAGAUAUUCUUCAGAUUAUGAGCCAAGAUGAUGCAACUUGGUGGCAAGCAAAACACGAAGGUGAUGCCAAUCCCAGGGCAGGCUUGAUCCCCUCAAAGCAUUUCCAGGAAAGGAGACUGGCUCUGAGACGACCAGAAAUAUUGGUUCAGCCCCUUAAAGUUUCCAACAGGAAGUCAUAUGAGGAAACAGUUGAGUGUGAGGAAAUUAAAGAAGAUGCUGACUAUGCUGGUAACAACAGUGGAACCUAUAUAGCUGGUUUUAGAAGAAGUUUUCGUCUUAGUAGAAAAGAUAAGAAAACAAAUAAAUCCAUGUAUGAAUGCAAGAAGAGUGAUCAGUAUGACACAGCUGAUGUACCCACGUACGAAGAAGUGACACCGUAUCGGCGACAAACGAAUGAGAAAUACAGACUCGUUGUCUUGGUUGGUCCUGUGGGAGUAGGGCUGAAUGAACUGAAACGAAAGCUGCUGAUCAGUGACACCCAGCACUAUGGCGUGACAGUGCCCCAUACUACCAGAGCAAAAAGAAGCCAGGAGAGUGAUGGCGUUGAAUACAUUUUCAUUUCCAAGCAUUUGUUUGAGACAGAUGUACAAAAUAACAAGUUUAUUGAAUAUGGAGAAUAUAAAAACAACUACUAUGGCACAAGUAUAGACUCAGUUCGGUCUGUCCUCGCUAAAAACAAAGUUUGUUUGUUGGAUGUUCAGCCUCAUACAGUGAAGCAUUUAAGGACACUAGAAUUUAAGCCCUAUGUGAUAUUUAUAAAGCCUCCAUCAAUAGAGCGUUUGAGAGAAACAAGAAAAAAUGCAAAGAUUAUCUCAAGCAGAGAUGACCAAAGUGCUGCAAAGCCCUUCACAGAAGAAGAUUUUCAAGAAAUGAUUAAAUCUGCACAGAUAAUGGAAAGUCAAUAUGGUCAUCUUUUUGACAAAAUCAUAAUAAAUGAUGACCUCACUAUGGCAUUCAAUGAGCUCAAAACAACUUUUGACAAAUUAGAGACAGAGACCCACUGGGUACCAGUGAGCUGGUUACAUUCAUAACUAAGAGAAAUUUCCAUAAUUGUCUUUUUUAUAGAGUGUAUGAUGAAAUCAGUUACUGCUUUGGUAGUAGAUUUUAAAAUCUAUAUCACUGUCAUAGAUGUACAAUUUUGGUUCAGGUUGAAUGCUGGUUUGUUUGUAUCUUUUUAUAGCCUUAUUUCAAAUACCAUAUGUGAGUAUAAGAUCUGCAAUCAAAAUGUGCACAGUACUGUAUUCUUAGCAAAACCUCAAACCUUCUGGCUGUCUUUAAUACAGCUCCAUCUCCAAGAUGAGGCUGAGAUUUUCAGAGAGACCUGGCUAGAGGCUUAGUAUGUAUUGGAGUUCAGUGCUCCAGCUGGUCUCAGGUGUGGCUGCUGCUGUCAAGUUUGAAUGUUAGCCCUUGAAGGUAUCAAUUCAGUAGCCAUGAGCAGCUCCAGACAGACAGGACAGCUUUGCUAUUUCCUGUGGAUCAUCACAGAUUUAGCUGGGCCGGCAGUAAGGCAUCCUCCAAAAGUGCAGACUUUUUUUUACAUGCUCGCAAUACGUUCACAGUGUGUGUAUUUUAAAAUCAUUCUUAAAGGAGUAACUGAAAUUUUACCUUGAGUGAAUGGCCUCCAUAGUAUAGCUUGAGAAGUCCUUUUGAGUACCUGUCAGUGACUCAACAAAUAUUUAAUAAGGGAAAGUAGACUUUUAACAGUUAUUAUAUAAGUAACUAAAAGCCUUUCCUUGUGGGAUUAAUAUUAGUACCAAUGGUAGAGUCUUGUGGCAAGAAAUGAUUACAAAGGAUAUUUUGAUUUGUAAAUCCUCAGAAGACAUUUAUGAAGUCACCCAAAAUGUUAUUUUAGCUGUUUUUGGAUUUUCCCAAUAAAUUAGAAGAAGAAUUUCUAUUCUAAA